AUGCAGUGGGGAAGGACCCGAAGGUCCAGUCUAGGGGUGGGAGAGGAGGAAGCUACUUCACUCCCUUCCCUUUGCUUCCUUCCUAGGCCCUGGGGUGGCCAGAGCUGCCCUGACCUGGCCCAGGGCCUGGGCAGCACCAACAAUGUCAGCCUCAAGGCCCAAUCCCAGAGCUGCUCAGAAUGGGACCUUCAGGCAGGGAGCUGUGGUUCCUGGCUUUGGAAGAGACGACACAGCUCAGGGGGAACCACUCAACCCCUGGGGCGCCUACAGAGGCCAGCUGUGGGCAGUGCUUCUGACCUGGCCAACUGUGCCUCCGUGGGACCGGAGAGCCUGGCGCUGGCAGCAGAGACUGCUCGAGACUUGGCCCUCGUGCCCGCUGCUGCUCCUGGGUGUUUGGAACAAGGAACCUCAGGCUGCGCUUGCCUGCAACCCCCCUACACUGCUCCAGACGUUCCUCUGAGGCCUGAGCCACACGGCAGCCUGGAAGACCUGUUGCCCCGCCCAGCAUCCUUCCCCACGGCCCAGGGGGCAAAGGGCGAGCCUGUGCCAGCAGGGCCGACGCUGCCACAUCCAGCCCAGACCCUGCACCGGAGUCCCUCUGCCAGGAGGACCCGCUACCACAUCACUAUCACCCUACAGGGCCAUGGGCAGGCACCUGGGGAGGAGCACGAGGAGCCUAAACCGGCCCAACCAGCUCUCCACCCCUGCGGCCCUGAGGAAUCCAGGGGCUGGCGGGAGCCUCCCCAGGGGCCCCGCCCCAUCACGGGGUGCCUGACAGACCUGCCCCAGGAACCCCGGCCAAGAGCCCCACCGCAUCAGGAUAUCACAGCCCAGCAGCAGGAGCUCCGGGCCCACUGGACACCUAGAUCCCCACACAGACGGUGAGUACAGGUCAGUCCCCACACGGGGCGACAACAGGAGGGGAAACCGGCCUGGCUGCCCCGCUCUCGCGUCUCUGAUCUCUGGGCUUUUCCAAUUCAAGGCUCAUUCAUUCAGUACCCUGAGCAUGAGCUGACUCCACCA